AAGACGGAAAUCUAAGUUCGUGUUUCAAAAAAGAUUUUUCGUCGCAUCUGAUACACUGUUCUGCAUUCAAUUCACACUCACACCCUUAAAAAGAGCAUAUUUUGUAUGAAUAUAAAAAAAAUUUAUAACUGCUUUUUGUUUUGCAAUACGUAUAUAUUCUAAGGUGGCGCUGCACCAACGAUAAGCUCCCAUGUUUUAUGAUUCUCCUCGGAAUGAAGAAGAUCUGGACGCCAAACUAGAAUUUCAGGUUCUGAGUCAUCUUCCGGAAAGAACUUCAUCUGAUGCGGCAUUUUCGGAGUUCGAGGCAAGUCUCAAACGUGACGCCCAUCAUAAGAAACGACACAAACACUCUCAUCGCCAUCGGUCCCAUCACUCGUCUUCAGAUUUUCAAGAGAGAGAGAAGCGUCGGGAUUGUUUGAAUGAACCUUCAAACCAGUCUCAGUUAGGUUCACUAAGUUACAAGUCUGACUCAAAAUGCUCAGACAAACGUUCGCAUGGGUCAACCGUGGGAGUAUCGGAUGAUUCAUAUUCUUUUGAUCAAGUCCAUGAGGUUACGAGAGAUGCGUGGAUGGUAGGCUGGGAAGUGCCUGAGCGCCGCGAAGCAAAUAGGGCAUUUGAUGGAAAAAGGCACAAACCUGGUUGGAAAAAAGAAGAACAAGAGAAAAUUCCAGUCUCUUGUUCGGCGAAAUACGAAAAUGAUGUAGCUAAAUCUUGCGUUUUAUCUGAAAAUGAAUCAUCUAGCUAUUGCGAGUCAGUUGCCCAUUUGACAGGACCAAUAGAGGCAGAUUACAAGAACAAGACGAGCUAUCAGGAAGAGCGAGAUGAGAAAUUUGACUCAAAAAACGACAAAACUACUGAACAAUGUUCAGAUGUUAUUAAUUUGAUGGCUAAGCAUAAAAACGCGGAACAGGAAUUGAAUUCUGUUGUACCAGAUUCCUCGUUUAACGUGUCUACCAAGAACAAGCAAUAUGCACGCCUACUGAAGAAGAAUUUGUCAGAAGGUCGCAAUUAUUCAGUUCCAGGCUCAAAUAGCUCGAGGCCUUUAUCUAUUGACCGGCCGGCAGUGUCUAGAGAGGUGCUGAGGAGCAAGUUGACCGAAAAAGGAAAUCUUUCUCUGAACGAGAUGGUGAAGAGAGAGCAUUUAGAGAAUUUGAUGGGAUAUUCCCUUAGUACAAAUGAAAUGAAUCGGCAAAUCAUGAGCAUUGCAAAAAGGGGAGAAGACGAAGAGUACGACGGAUUUUGUCAGGUUGAAAGAAAAAAAAAUUCACGAGUCACCGAAUACCGACAAGGGUUCAAAUUUCGUGGAAAAGACUGCUAUUACUGUUUAUCCAAUACGUCGAUACCGGACCAUUUACUACUGCAUCUUGGAGCGCAUCAUUCAAUUAUUUUGAAACCGUCAAAUUCAUUGGUCCAUUUACAUUGCUGCAUUGUACCGCAUGAGCACUUGGCGAGUAUCACAGAAUUUGAGGAGGAUGUUUGGAUAGAACUAAAAAUGUUGAUGGAGAAGCUGGUAAAUAUGUUCGCAAAAUCAAAUCAGUUUUGCGUUUUUUUGGAAACUGUUUUGAAUUUUGAACACCACACCACCAUCGAGUGUAUUCCUCUGCCAUAUCGAUUUCAGGAAGUAACACCCAAUCACUUUCUGAUGGCAAUUCAGGAAGCAGCAUCUGAGUCAAACGUUCAUUCGAGUUUAUUUGUAUUCUACAAUACUGAAGAAUCUAAGCGCCGAUUUGAGCCAAUGCAGCCAAAAUUCCUCAGACAGACCACUCGGUCAUAUUGGUCAGUUCGUGACGUUAUACCUAAGAAUUUUUCGUAUUGGAUGGUACAAUUUAACUGCGAUUUUGGCUAUGUCCACCAAAUUGAGGAUAAGCGCGCAUUUAAUACAGCACUUGGCAAAAAAAUCAUUGCAGGUAUUCUUCAUCUCCCGUUUGAAAUUGUAUAUGGGAAAAGAAAAACAGACAAACAUGAAGCCAUUUAUCAAGCCAGCAAGUUCUUUGAAAACUGGAAAAAAUAA